AUGGUCUCCACGGUGGGACAGGACCGGUUCCCCCAUCACUUCUGCUCCCCUCCCUCACCCCCACCUGCUGAUCCUGCUGUUUUUACUCAGGUAUGGCGAGUUCGGCCACCGCCACCACCGCUGCUACUGCAGCAGCAGCAGCAGCUGUUGGCCCCUGCGACAGGCGCCACGCAUCGAGCGGCGCCCAGCACUCUGGGCAGCUCUGCUCACCGCCCUGGCUCUGUUCCUCAGGCCGCCGGUGACGAGGGUCCCAUCUUACGCUUAGAGCCCUGUGAUGCCAACGCGCUGGCUCACUGCCAGCUGCCACUGGGCAAGCCGUGCCCACUGCAGGCGCUACUGGACGGCUGCAGGUUCUCCCCCAAUGCCAGCAUCCUGGCAGCUGAGGCUUACCUGCUGCUGGUGCCCUCCGCCUCAGGAAAUACUAGUGAGUCGGAGAAGGACCGAGGCACAGGGAGCGUGGAGAGCCAUGCCCUGCCCAGCACACAUAGGGUGCCUGACUCCAAGUUCCAUUCCAUUCACGCAAAGCUGGACACCAUCAAGAAAGGUCACGCGAAGGACAACCAGCGCUAUAAAGUUGACUAUGAGUCCCAGAGCAUGGACACCCAGACCUUCUCCUCGGAGUCCAAACGGGAGACAGAAUAUGGUCCCUGCCUUAGAGAGAUGGAAGACACCCUGAAUCACCUGAAGUUCCUCAAUGUGCUGAGUCCCAGGGGUGUGCACAUCCCCAACUGGGACAAGAAAGGAUUUUAUAAGAAGAAGCAGUGUAGCCACUCCAAAGGCAGAAAGCGGGACUUCUGCUGGUGCGUGGACAAGUAUGGUCAGCCCCUCUCAGGCUUCAAGAGCAAGGGCACCGAUGACGUGCACUGCCUCGGCAUGCAGAGGCAGUAAACCCCACUGCAUCAGUUAAAUUGGAGCUCCAAUACGCCUUACUUUGCACAAAAGACUGCCACGGACAGAACAGCACCUGCCUACAGCCUCAACUUAUAUUUCUU